GCGCCGAUGGCGGAGGAGGCCUCCCAGCCCGACGCCUCCCGUCCGGAGCCAGAGCAGGCCCAGGCCGAGGCCGAGGCCGACGCCGACGCCGCGGCGGGCACGGAGGGCGCCGAGGCCCCCGCGGAGCAGGAGGCCCCGCCCGAGGAGGGCGAGGCCAAGGAUGCGCCUCCGGAGCAAAGAGGAGGGGCCCGUCACCAUUGCGAAGACGGAGGACCGAGCCUCCCGAACUGGAGGCCGGUACGGGCAAGCCGUCGUACACCCUGCACAUCACCAACGUGCCGGAUGACGUGGAGGUCGAGGAGCUAGAGAUCAGGCUGAAGCGUUUCGGCGAGCUGCUCCUGUGCGAGAUGCGGCAGGGCGUGGUGGUCGCAAAGUUCAAGCACACCAACCACGCGUACAACGCGCGACUGAAGCUGAACGGUAGCGACAUUGGUGGCGCCGCUGGACUCAAGGUCGAGUUCGGGCCGCAGGACCCCGAGCACUACUCCAGGGAGGGGAAAAGAAGAAGAUGCAGACCAAGGGCCGGAAGGAAUUCGUCGACGGCGCCGACCAGCUGGUGCGGGAGGUCGCGACGAAAAACAAGAGCGAGAACAAGACCGGCAACAAGGUCGGCAUCACCAGCAAGGUGGAGCCCGAGGCGCUGGCCAGUGAGUCUGGGGCGGCGGAAGGCGGGCGACGCGGGCGCAGCGGACGCGUCGGAGAAGGCGGCCAAGGCUCCCAGGACGUCGGCCCCGACUGCUGGCGCCCCAGAGCUCGCACCGCCCGCGAAGGCGGUGUCCAAGUGGUCUGACACGCUGUCCUUCGAGGAGCAGCUGGAAGACUUCAUGCGCAUGCCUCGCAAGGGGAUGUACAAUCG